AUGCCGAAAACAGUCGGUGACUACAAACUCCUCAGAACAAUUGGUGCAGGCUCUUUUUCGAAGGUCAAAGAAGCCAUCAAUACCAAAACCAACAAAAAAUAUGCUAUUAAAGUUAUUAACAGGCAAUUAGUUGCCCAAAACAAUAUGGAUAAGCAAUUACGCCGUGAAAUCGAAAUUAUGAGCCAAAUGGAUCAUCCUGGACUCAUCAAGCUUCAUGCCGUCAUGCAUUCUACCGAAAAUAUCUUCUUAGUCCUUGAUCUUGCAACAGGAGGUGAGCUUUUCUCCAAGUUAGCUGACAAUGGCCCACUUCCAGAAAAGAAGGCCAGAAAGUAUUUCCAACAGCUCAUUGAUGCUCUUGAUUAUAUGCACAAGCAUAACGCUGUUCAUAGAGAUUUGAAGCCAGAAAACAUUCUUCUCGACAACGACGAAAAUCUUAAGAUCGCAGAUUUCGGACUUUCCAUCAUGUCAUCUGCUGGUGAUACAUGCUACACAAGAUGCGGAACACCAAAUUAUGUUGCUCCAGAAAUCUUCUGCCAGGAUGGCUAUAUUGGUGCUCCAGCUGAUAUCUGGUCCGCUGGUGUUAUUCUUUUCGUUAUGCUUAGCGCAAGUCUUCCAUUUGAUGCACCAAAUCUUCAAAAUCUUGCUAGACAGAUUAUGAACGUCAGACUUGAAUAUCCAUCAUACUUCCCAGCUGGUGCUGUCGCCCUCAUGAAGAAGAUCCUUGUUGCAGACCCAUCAACUCGUGCUACAAUGGAACAAAUCAAAGCUGACCCAUGGUUCGCUACAGAUUACGUUCCAGUCACUUCCAGUACAAUACAGGCAACUAAGGUCGAUGAGGAAGUCUCAGUUAAGAAGGAUGAACAAGAAGAAGAGUCAAUCAACGCUUUCGAGUUAAUUGCAAAGAUGUCCGGCGUCAAAAUGGAAAGACUUGUCGACACUACAGCACAGACUCCAUCUACAACAUCAUUCUCUACAAACAAGAAGGCUGAGCAGAUUGAUACAAUUAUUAAGUCUGCUUUGUCUGGUUUGAGAGCUAAGAACGUCCAAAACAAUACAGCUAAGAAGACUUGGAAAGCUGUUAUUCCAGUUGCCAACAAUUCUGUUCAAAUUAAGUUCGAAAUUGUUACAAUUACAACUGAUACAUAUCUUAUUGAUAUUAUCAGACUCAGUGGUUCCGUUUUCGACUUCCACAGAGUUUACAGAACACUUAAGUCCAAAUUCUAA